CAAGUGUGUGUGAGUCUGGGUGUGAACGUGUGACUGCCAGUGUGUGUGUGAGAGUGCGCGCCGUGUUUACGUUGGACACGUUCACUGUGUGCACACUCAGCGGCACAGCGCUGCCGGGCCGACGGAGAGACAUGUUGCGUGUUUGAGUGAAACGGAGAGGAAGACAGAGGAAGAGGAAGAAAGGACUGAAAGAAGAAGUGCUGGAGAUGCCAGGCAGGACCUUUGGAGCGGAUGCAGGGAACAGCUUCCUUCGGGCGGCCCGCUCUGGGAACCUGGAUAAGGCCCUGGACCAUAUCAAGAACGGUAUCGAUAUCAACACAGCCAAUCAGAAUGGGCUCAACGGGCUGCACUUGGCUUCUAAAGAAGGCCACGUUAAGAUGGUGCUGGAGCUGCUGCACAACGGCAUCGUCCUGGAGACCACCACAAAAAAAGGGAACACAGCUCUGCAUAUCGCCGCCCUGGCGGGACAGGAGCAGGUGGUGGCCGAGCUGGUGAACUACGGGGCCAACGUUAACGCUCAGUCUCAGAAGGGCUUCACACCCCUCUACAUGGCCUCUCAAGAGAAUCAUCUAGAGGUUGUGAAGUUUCUCCUUGAGAACGGAGCCAAUCAGAGCAUUCCAACUGAGGAUGGCUUUACCCCUCUGGCCGUGGCUCUUCAGCAGGGACACGAGAACGUUGUCGCCCUGCUCAUCAACUACGGCACCAAGGGCAAAGUCCGCCUCCCCGCGCUGCACAUCGCCGCCCGCAACGACGACACGCGCACCGCCGCCGUGCUGCUGCAGAACGACCCCAACCCCGACGUGCUCAGCAAGUCUGUCGGCAGCUCUGAGUCUCUCUCUGUCCCUCUACAGCUAUACACCAGUUUAAAGACUGGCUUCACCCCUCUUCACAUCGCAGCGCACUACGAGAACCUCAACGUGGCCCAGCUGCUGCUCAACAGGGGGGCCAACGUCAACUUCACCCCCAAGAAUGGUAUCACUCCCCUCCACAUUGCGGCCAGACGGGGGAACGUGAUCAUGGUGAGGCUCCUCCUGGAUCGAGGAGGACAGAUCGACGCCAAGACCAAGGAUGAGCUCACCCCCCUGCACUGUGCAGCCAGGAACGGACAUGUGAGGAUCAUCGAGAUCCUGCUGGACCACGGGGCCCCCAUCCAGGCCAAGACCAAGAACGGCCUCUCCCCGAUCCACAUGUCGGCGCAGGGCGACCAUAUGGACUGCAUCAAGCAGCUGCUGCAGUACAACGCAGAGAUCGAUGACAUCACCCUGGACCACCUGACGCCCCUGCACGUGGCGGCCCACUGCGGCCACCACCGCAUGGCCAAGGUGCUGCUGGACAAGGGAGCCAAGCCCAACUCCCGCGCCCUGAACGGUUUCACUCCGCUGCACAUCGCUUGUAAAAAGAACCACAUGCGGGUGAUGGACCUGCUGCUGAAGCACUCUGCGUCGCUGGAGGCCGUGACCGAGUCUGGCCUCACCCCGCUCCACGUGACCUCAUUUAUGGGUCAUCUGAACAUCGUGAAGAUCCUCCUGCAGAAGGGAGCUUCACCCAGUGCUUCCAAUGUGAAAGUGGAGACCCCUCUCCACAUGGCGUCGCGGGCCGGGCACCGUGAGGUGGCUGAGUUCCUGCUGGAGAACGCAGCGCCGGUGGAUCCUAAGGCCAAGGACGACCAGACGCCGCUGCACUGCGCGUCUCGGAUGGGCCACAAGGAGGUGGUGAAGCUGCUCCUGGAGCACAAAGCCAAUCCCAACGCCACCACCACGGCGGGCCACACCCCCCUGCACAUCGCCGCCCGCGAGGGCCACGCCCAGACCAUCCGCAUGCUGCUGGACAUGGACGCCCAGCAGACCAAGAUGACAAAGAAAGGCUUCACUCCACUGCACGUGGCCUCAAAGUACGGGAAGGUCGACGUGGCCGAGCUGCUGCUGGAGCGAGGGGCCAAUCCCAACGCUGCUGGCAAGAACGGCCUGACUCCACUACAUGUGGCCGUUCAUCACAACAACCUGGAUGUGGUUAACCUGCUGGUCAGCAAAGGAGGCUCCCCACAUAGCGCUGCUCGGAACGGCUACACCCCGCUCCACAUCGCCUCCAAGCAGAACCAGGUGGAGGUGGCCAGCACCCUGCUGCAGUACGGGGCGUCGGCCAACGCCGAGUCCCUGCAGGGCGUCACGCCGCUGCACCUGGCCUCCCAGGAGGGCCGCCCCGACAUGGUGGCCCUCCUCAUCUCCAAACAGGCCAACGUCAACCUGGGGAACAAGAGUGGACUGACCCCGCUCCACCUCGUGGCCCAGGAGGGACACGUGGGCAUCGGGGACAUCUUGGUGAACCAGGGGGCGUCCGUCUACGCCGCUACACGGAUGGGCUACACCCCUCUCCAUGUAGCAUGUCACUAUGGCAACAUCAAGAUGGUGAAGUUCCUGCUGCAGGGACAAGCCAACGUCAACAGCAAAACUAGGGUGGACUACACCCCGCUGCACCAGGCCGCCCAGCAGGGACACACAGACAUAGUGACCCUGCUGCUGAAGCAUGCGGCGCAGCCCAACGAGCUGACCACGAACGGCAUGUCCGCCCUGGCCAUCGCUAAGAGGCUGGGCUACAUCUCCGUCAUCGACGUCCUGAAGCUGGUCACAGAGGAGACGGCCACCAUGACGACCACAGAGAAGCAUCGCAUGAGUUUCCCGGAGACGGUGGAUGAGAUCCUGGACGUGUCAGAGGAUGAAGGGGAGGAGCUGGCCACGGACGGCGCCAGGUACAUGAAGAUGGAUGACUUGAAAGACCAUGAUGACGAUUUCCUGUCCCCAAAGAAAUCCAUGGAGUACGAGAGAGGGCUAGGCACAGCGAACCUGUCCCCGUCACUCCCCAGGAUCCCCCGCGUGUCUCCGGAGACGGUGCUGCUGAAGGAGCAGGAGGUGGAGCAGCUACACACUCCUCUUCCUCUCCCCAAAGAGUACGACGACGACUCGCUGAUCCCGAGCAGCCCGGCGACUGAAACGUCGGACAACGUCAGCCCGGUGGCCAGCCCCAUACACACCGGGUUCCUGGUGAGCUUCAUGGUGGACGCUCGCGGCGGCUCCAUGCGGGGCAGCAGACACAACGGCCUGCGCGUCAUCAUCCCGCCGCGGACCUGCGCCGCGCCCACGCGCAUCACCUGCCGCCUGGUGAAGCCCCAGAAGCUGACCACGCCCCCGCCCCUGGUGGAGGGCGAGGGGCUGGCCAGCCGCAUCAUCUCCCUGGGCCCAGCCGGAAUGCAGUUCCUGGGGCCGGUGAUAGUGGAGAUCCCUCACUUCGCGGCUCUGGGCCGGGGGGACAGGGAGCUGGUGGUCCUGAGGAGUGAGAACGGCUCCGUGUGGAAGGAGCACCGCAAUCGCUACGGCGACGAGGUGCUGGAGACCAUCCUCAACGGGAUGGACGAGGACCUGGAGAGCCAGGAGGAGCUCGGCAAGAAGCGCAUCCGCCGCAUCAUCUCCACCGACUUCCCGCUCUACCUGGCCGUGGUGUCGCGCGUGCAGCAGGAGAGCGACCUGAUUGGCCCUGAGGGGGGUGCCCUCACCAGCAAGCUGCUGCCCAUGGUGCAGGCGUCCUUCCCCGAGACGGCCGUCACCAAGAGGGUCCGCCUGGGGCUGCAGGCCCAGCCGGUUCCAGACGAGCUAGUGGCAAAGCUGCUGGGGAACCAGGCCAACUUCAGCCCUGUGGUGACGGUUGAGCCGCGCCGACGCAAGUUCCACCGGCCCAUCGGCCUGCGCAUCCCGCUGCCCCCGUCCUGGAGGGACAGCCCGCGGGACGCUGGGGAGGGGGACACCACCAGCCUUCGCCUCCUCUGCUCCGUCAUAGGAGGCACGGCCCCGGCCCAGUGGGAGGACAUCACCGGCACCACCAAGCUGCUCUACACCAACGAGUGCGCAAACUUCACCACCAACGUGUCCGCGCGGUUCUGGCUGGCGGACUGCCCCCGGACGGCGGAGGCAGUGGCCUUCGCCAACCUGCUGUACCGAGAGCUGUCGGCCGUGCCCUACAUGGCCAAGUUUGUGGUGUUCGCCAAGAUGAACGAGGUCCGCGAGGGCCGCCUGCGCUGCUACUGCAUGACGGACGACAAGAUGGACAAAACCCUGGAGCAGCACGAGAACUUCAACGAGGUGGCCCGCAGCCGGGACAUAGAGGUGAUGGAAGGUAUGCCUCUCCACCUUGAGUGUUCAGGGAACCUGGUGCCCAUCAGGAAGGCCACCCAGCAGCCUCGCUGCUUCAGCUUCCAGGCCUUCAAGGAUAACAGGCUUCCUGUCUCCGUCAAGGUGAGAGACAGCAGCAAGGAUCCCACUGGAUAUUUGUCGUUCCUCCGCAAGUCCACCAAGUAUGAAGACAGCCAACAAGUCCUCUGCAACCUCAACAUCACCAUGCCCCCGUGCGCCAGGGCGGUUGGGAGUGAAGACCGGAGACGCACACUGACCCCACUAGCUCUGAGGGAGAGAUACAGCGCUAUGAAUGAGCCGGCCAUGGGUAUCAAUUCUGCUGUGGUUUCUGCAGCGGCCAUGACUGCCAUGGAAAGGACAGAGUUAAAGAUGGCUCUGAUCGCAGAACAGCUGGGACUGAGCUGGGCUGAGCUAGCCCGUGAGCUCCAGCUCAGUGUGGAUGACAUCAACAAGAUCCGGGUGGAGAACCCCAACUCGCUGUUGGAGCAGAGCUCUGCGCUGCUCAAUCUAUGGGCUACCAGGGAGGGCAAGAGGGCCAAGAGUGAGUACAUGAGAAUGGAGAGUCUGUACGUGGCCCUGAGGAGCAUCGACCGCAUGGACAUCGUCACCAUGCUGGAGGGGCCGCCCCCCCAGUCCCAGGGCCGGCAGGGCUCUCGGGAGCUCAACCGCUGCCGGCCAAGCGAGAGAGAGCACCUCUCCCCGGGCCUGACCAAUGGUUAUGGGCUGGUGCAGGACGAGCUCCUCUCACCGGCCUCCAUGCAGUACAGCCUGCCCUCGCCGCUGGGCGCCGAGCCCUUCUGGCAGGAGGUCUCCAGCCUGGAGUGCGCGCCCAUCGCCACCACCGAGGAAGACACGCUCAUGGAGAUGUCCGACGUGCAGGUGUGGCCCUCGGGCAACAGCCCCUCCCUGGUGGCCGUGGAGGACUCCUCGCUGGAGUGCAGCCACGCCGACGACUUGGAGGGCACGCCGGGCACGCCCCACGGGGGCCCGUGCCGGCCCCCCAGCCAGGCCAGCGUGGGCGGGGGCGGGGCGGGGCUGGGCCACGGCUCCAUAGAGCUGGCCGAAGACGACUCGGAGAUGGGCGUGGACUCGCUGAGCACCGCCACCGUCACGCCGGGCUCGCUGGGGGGCACCAUCGCCGGCUUCAAUGCCAACGGACUGAAUCGCGGUCAGGGGUCAGAGGUCAAUUCGGAGGCUUUGGCGUUUGCGAGCAUGAACAGCGAAGAUGGAACCAGGGGAGGAGGAAGAGGAGGAGGAGGAGGAAGAGAACAAGGAGGGCCGGGCUCAGAGGAAGGGCUUUCUCUCGUUGCAGGACAGCAGAGGGUGUACGCGCGGCUGAGCGAGUCCCCAGGUCUGAGCAAUGUUACGGACCGGAGCGCAGACAGGUCAGGGAGUGGAGGCGGUGGAUCUUUUCUGUCCUACCUGCAGGAGCAGACCGGGCCAGGCUGGAUGCCCGUCACCGACCCCACCCAGGCGUGGGUGGGCACCCAGGCAAGGCCCCGGCAGGCCGUAGACAGCGUGGCGUCGGCGGUGCGGGAUGUGAGGGAUGCAGACCCGGUGCGCCUGUCCCAGGAGGCCCUGCUGCAGCCGGUGAGGGACAUGGGCCAUUCCGAGAUCCUGAGGGGACACUUCAGAGGCACGCAGCCCUUUGAGAAGGGGCUGGGGUUCCCCCACCGCGUCCCGGACCUGAGGACCUGGGACGACGUCCGCCUCAGGGGCCAGGGCGAUGAGGUGGAGGACCUCGCUGGGGAGCACGUCAGUGAGGAGCAGUUCACGGAUGAACAUGGAAACAUCGUCACUAAGAAGAUUGUGCGUAAGGUUGUGCGCCGAGGGAAGGGGUCAGGUGAGGAGGGGGGUCAGGAGGGCAGCCUGGAGGGUUCUCUGGAGGACACCAACGAGAUGGAGGGCGACCUGGAGCAGCUCAUGAACUACGCCGUCCUGGGUCGCGACAGCAGCAAGCCGGAUAUUAUGGAUGUGAAGAAAGGGGCUCAGAUAGUGCAGUGUGCCACUCUGCGGCGGGUAAAGCAGUGAGGCAGACAGAGGGGCGGAGCCCUGCAGGGCUCCCCACAGGAUCUCCCAACCUCACCGAAACCAUCCUACAUAGACACAUGACGGACAACGGGGGGUGGCGGAGAGACCUCCUCGGAGGAGCAGCGGACACCGACGAAACGUACACACAGCUAGCGGCCACACGACCAUCAGCGCCGCCAACAGGAAGUGGAUCUACUGUCGUUUUUUCUUACUUCCUUUUUUUUUUUUAAAGAAACUCUAAAAGAACAUGGGGUUCUAGGUUAGACGCAUGAUUUUUUCGUACAAAAAAAAACCAAACCAAACUCAAACAAACAAAAAAAGCAACCAAAACGUGCUUCCUGUUAUCUGUUCAGCAUGCUGAUUGCUGCUGCAUGGCCUGUCUUUAGCUACCAGUACAGAGAGAUCUAGGGUGGGGGGGCCGGAGAGGACGUCCAGGCUCUAAUGCCACGUAGGGUUCGUCAGACUGGCCCUUUCUCUCCAUUACUCUGGGAAAAGAAAAAAAUGUGUGUGAAUUUGCAUAAUCUCUAGGCAACAGGUUUGUAUCUCUCCAUAUUCCCGCCAGUCGGACCACAUCACAGACCAGUAUGCCAAACCACCACGUCCACGUCCCAGUGCUCAAAGUCCAGUACGCUACACUACCACCAAAGGAAAGCUGUGCUGUACAUAACCUGGUGUUGGGAUGUGUACCUCGUGUUGUUCGUGUUGUUACACCAUCACCAUGCUGCUCUUCCGAACCUGUGGUGUUACUUUGUGUUCAUCUGGCUUGUUCCAACCUAACUCUAUAUAUAUAAUAUAUAUAUAUAUAUAUAUAUACAUAUAUAAGAUAUAUACUAUUAUUCUAUCUACAUCUCCUGAACCCUAUGUGCACGCGAACAAGCAGACCUCUGUUGUGUUGCUCUGUAUUAUUGGUCCUUUAUGUUGGUGUCCGGAUUAGUGAUUUAAACAAGAUGCCACCCUGCACCUUCUGACCGAUCACGGUCUGGAAGGCACCAGUGGGCUCCACCCCCUCGCCCGUCCCUCCCCUCAGACCUCUGAGGGCAGCCUUUUGUAGUAGAUGUAGCAGCAGUCUUGUCAUCCCCCAACAGGGGGCAGGAUUUCACUUCCACUUAGUAGCUUUAAUGUCUGACUUGAAUCUUGACCUUACAGUAGUAGACUGCUAUUAGUACUCAUGGAGUGGUACAAACAUAUAAAGAAUUUCAGCAACUACUGUUGAUGUCACUUUGAUGUUGGGUAUAGGGGGGGAAUCCUAACGGUUAUAAUGUAGCUAUGAUGUGGUCAGGGAGCUGGACCGGGGCUUGGAGGGCCGGAGUCCAACGUGUCUGAGCGCUCGUGUUGAGCAUCAAUGUUUGUUUUCUUGACAGUUAAGGACAGUCAGUCGCCGAUCACUGUGAUGAGAAACUGUAAUACUGACCCCGUUACUGUGAGCCUGGGAACCUGCUUCCUCGCCCUGGUUCUUGUCUCACUUCCAAACCUUUUAGUUCCUACUUUACUGUCCGACCUUCAGAAGCAAUAAGAACUAUGAGCGGAUGUGUGUGCGUGUGUGUUGCUGCGUGUGAUCCCAUAUCAUAUUCAAACUCAAUUUUCUCUUCUAACCAUAGCUAUACACUUCUAUUAAAAAUGAUGUCAACACAUUACUGUUUAUCUAAGGAGCCGUAUUGUUUAAGGAACAGGGAUAGUUUGAGUUUAUCUGUAUAUCCCCCGUCAUGCUGCUCAUGGUUUUGCAACAUCCCUCAUCAGGAGGAUGUGUCCUUUAUUUACGCCUUAAUAUAAUUUUUGCUGAGCUCAAAAGAAGUUGAAUGUUUGUUUAUUUGCGUGUGCAGACGAACGUGUUUGUGUGUGCGUGACAGAGAAAGUGACACGGACACACAAGAGAAAGGUUUUUUAAGAAUCAUCAACUCAGUAAUGCAAUGAGGAGAUGGAUAUAUAGCGACUGCAUAGAAAUAUUUUUGGAGAAGGAACUCACGACAUACAAGACAGCGAUCCACCCAGCAUGUUUUUUUGUACAUACCAGAUGCUUUGGUUUUCCUACUUCUUGGACCAUCACCUCGUUCUAGUUGCCGCACAAAUAUGUAAACUCACAAGGACUCAACAACCGCACACCUUCGAGGUUUAGUUCAACUCUGCAGCCAGACAUGACAUAGAGGAAUGUAACUUCACAACAUACACGUCUGUAGAACUGCUCGAUUCUCCUUUGGAAGAUGACUCCUGGCACUCAGUUAUUUUACACCCGUGCUUUCCCUUUCAUUUGAAAUAUACUGAUUAUCUUCUAUGACGAGAGAAACACAAGAUUGUUUACGGAGUCAUAUCUACACCUAAAUUGUGUUACUUUUUCUUUACUGCAUCCAUGGCUUCUGUUCAAAAUAUUCUCACUUUUUUCUCACAAGCAUUUCGUGACUGAGAAUGUUUUUAAAUUCUAAGUGUGAAUGGGGUUUUAUUUUAUAGGACACUUAACAAAAGUGAUAACGUUGGUGGUGCAGAUUCAUUAAAUAUAUUUUUCAUUUUGAAAAAUACAAUACAAUAACAGUCAAUACGGUUGAGGUGCACAGUGAUGAGGAAAAGUCAACGAAUAGCUUUGUAGCGGUUGAGAGCUGGAUGCAACACAUGUUUUUAUUAUUAUUCUUAGGUCCUGGUUAAUAGACUCUGACAGGCUCUGCUCGCCCAAUAGGCCACUAUGAGAUGCUCCUGACUGUAAGAUCUGUUGUCUCGAAGAGUGAAGGAGCAUAUCAUCAACACUAGAACAUAUCAACCUCCUCGUGGUUUCAUGAGUUGUAGUUCUGAACAGGAGCACCACUCCUGAAGCCAGCCCUGACCUGGAGGUGAGAGAGCGUUGAGGACUGAGUGUUUCUGAGAGGAGGCUUGAGGGACGUUUAGUGAUCCAACUGUUGGCUCGGUGCACUCAGCAGCCAGACUUUCAAGAUGACAAGCAUUACCCCUCAACACAGCAAAACCUUCCUCAAUCUACCGCUGCCCCCACCCAGCUUCUUUUGCCAAAUAGGAGCCUCUCAGCCGGGUGUAGGGCUGUCCGCAGGGGUCUGGAACCAGACGCUAUCCAACGGGCCGGGACAGAGAAGGCCACAAGUGCACGGAGACAUUGGAACGUCAGAUGUGUUCAACCAGAAGAAGAACAACCAACCAAACCUUGCACUUGUGGAAUAAUGAGACGAAGACAUGCAUCGAGUUCAUGCAAAAAUAUUAUACUGUUGCAAAAACUAGAGAUCACAUGUAUAUUCCUUUUAGAAUGGAUUGAAGAUAUUAUUAACGCAAUAGCAUAUUACUCAAUACUAAGGAAUGCAACUGCGCACAUGCACAGAAUAUGUUUUUGACAUAAAAGCUAUAUAUAUAUGAAAUAUAUGAAAAAUCUCUAUAUAUAUAUAU